AUGAACCUUGAUGAAUUGAAGCAGAAGCAAUUAUUGAUGGUUGGUGGCGAAGAAGUUGGUGAAGAAGUUAGUGGUGAAGAAAUUGGUGAUGAUGUUGGUGAAGAAGAAGUUGGCGACGACGGUGAUGGUGGUUGUGGAUAUGAUAUUUGA